UGCAAAUCGACUGGCGGUGUGCGUAUGUGUCGUGUAUGCCGCUUUUCCUGUAAAAUUGUGCUAUAAAACGUCCCGAAGGUGAAAAAUUUCCCCGUCAUUCAAAACGCCCCUCUAUUGAGGGGGGGCUAGUGUUCUAAGUGUAUGUACGUGAGUGUGUGAGUUUCUAUGUGCGUGUGUGUUAAGAAGCAUUAAAGGGUGAAUCGGAAAACGUGACGUAUCAUCGCACAGCAAACACUCGCACGCGAUGGCCGACAAAGUAACGAAAUUCGAACGGAUGGCCAUGACCAAACCCGUGCCGAUGAAAUUGUUCGCUGCCUGGGAGGUGGACCGGACACCAUCGAACUGCAUUCCAAGAUUAUGCUCGUUAAAAAUUACCCGCCUGUCCCUGCUUACUCCCCUGUCGUCCGAUCUGACGUCACUGUCACUGGCGGUUCGGAUGCAAAGUUCAAAGCGAACGCUCCGUUCACACGAGAUUCCCGUGCCACAAUCGCUGAGCAGCGGAUACAGCAGCAGCACAGGAGGUGGAACAAUCGGCACUGGCGGUACCGGUGGAUCGGGCGGUGGUUCGCUUGCCAGCGUUGGUCAGCUAAAUUCACCGCCACUGCUGGAAACGGAGCUGGAUCUGCACUUUAGCUUACAGUAUCCACAUUUCAUCAAGCGCGACGGUAACCGGUUGCUGAUAUUGCUGCAGCGGCGCAAAAAGUACAAAACGAGAACCAUUCUCGGCUACAAAACGCUGGCCGAGGGUGUCAUCCGGAUGGAUGCCGUGCUGCAGAAGUCGAUGGACAUGACGGUGGAGCUGAAUGGGUCGGGUAAGGCGGGUCGGGCCGGUCUAACGAUAGCAACGCUGCGCGCCACCCAGGUCACAUCGAUUCCCGUCGAUCAGGACAACAAGAACAACAACAGCCUGCUGGUGACGGAUCGCGUGAACGAGUACUCGGACGAGGACGAGGAGCAAGAGUUCAGCUCGGGCGAUGAGAACGACGAAGGGCUGUCGGGGUACGCGGCCAAGCGCAACUAUGCCGGGAAGCGCGACUCGUACAAAAAGUUCGAAUCGGGCGAACAGGACGGUGAACAGGAGGACGGUAAUAUGUUGCCCUCCAACCAGGCCGAUAGCGAUAGUGAUUUUGACAACAUGGGCAAGGAAAAAUCACGGGGGAAAAUGAGUCGGCAACGAAACUUCAAACAACGCAUCAUUUCACUGCUCAAGCGCUUCAAGGUGCCGGAAGAGCUGGAAGGUGAUGUGCGGGAGCGUGGUCCGGCACUGCGCGGCAAACGCGACCUGGACGCACUGUUCCAGGAGCUGGAAUCACUGUCGUGCGGCGAAGGGGACGAUUCCGGGCAGGACAUGGAUAGUCUUUCCAUCGGCUCGACGCCGAAGCCAUCGUUAAGGCCAUUCUUUGAGAACACGGGCAAACCGGUCCUCACACAGCAGCAUUCCUCGAUACAGCUAAGCUCGAUGCAGAAGGGUAGUGGUAACAAAGAUUUUAUGCCAGAAAAGAAACCCAAUUUAGAGAAGCGUGACUCGCUCGCCGAAAAGAAAAGCAAUUCAAUAACAAUUGCCAAUAAUCUUAUUAAUAGUAUGAACGGCAACAGUAUUAAUAACAAUCAGACUAGCAAUUACAGUAACAUCCAAGACCGAUCCGGAGAAUGGAAAAAUGAUAGUUCCGGUAAUGAGGGUGGUGCUGGCAAUACGGACCCAGAAGCACUCAGUUCCGAUCCACAAAACACUGGCAGUCCACCGAAGGAGAAGGAAACGGCAGUUGAGAAGAAGAACCGACUGUUCCGUACCAGCAGCAGCACUCCGAACAGUGCCAAAAAGCAGAAACAAGUGCUCAGCUUCCAGAUGGAUCAGCAGCAGCAGCUACAACAGCAACAGCACCAACAGCAGAAACCUUCGCCGCUCGAAACGUGUCUGUCGCCGACUAAUGUUGAACCGCGGCGGUCAUUGCUCGAACAGCUGCAGCGAACAUUUACCACGGAAGAAUCGCUGCUACCGGAGGUGGUCACGAUCGUAGGUCCGCCGGAAGCCUGCACCGUAUCGCCGACACCGCGCUUAGCUUCGCUCAUAUCGUCCACGUUUCGGCCUACAUUUUUACCCAACAAUACCGCUGAGGUGAAGGCAAUAACGCAGGCGCUUAUGAACAAAAUUCAGAAAUACUGUAAUUCAACAGCAAAACCACCAACAACUGUGAAAGUAGUUCUAGUCGGAGGCGAUUGGUUGCAGGGCGCCGUUUUGCGUCAUUACGUGGAAUUGUUGGGCAUUCGGCCACCCGAUUGGGUGAAUCAUAUCAGAUUUUACAUUGUUCCUUUAGGAUCAUGCGCGGUCGCUCGUUACAUCGGGAUGAUUGAUUCGAGCUACAUGAGCAUGUUCGGUACGGAGAGUUGGCAGCAGAUCUGUGAUCGUACGGCCAACCUUGAAAGCGCACAAUCGAAGAAUGAAUCAGCCGAGUUUAUCAACCGAAUACAGCGAUAUCUAAUAUCGGGCGGACCGUGCACGCAAGUUCCUAUUGCCGAAGCGAUGGUCAACUAUCGCGAUGAAGACUCUUGUCAAAUAUUUGUACCGUUUGUUAGUGACGUUAGAAUUGGCUGUUUAGAAGGGCCCCAGGUGUCUCUUGAUCUCGAUGAAUCGUUAACGUACUUUUCGCAAGGCAGCGCCGACAGAAUGCUGUCGAGUUCGCCACCCCAGAGCGGUCGAACGUCACCGCCAACAUCGCAAACACCGGUCGCGGUUGCACAGCUGCAACAAAAGGAGCAACAGCAGCAACAAGCGUCAUCAUCUUCCACGCAGAUGCAAGAGUCGCUCGAGCUGCAGGUGGAUUAUUGGCCGCUGGCACGGCCAAAUUUCGAUCCGAAAGAGAAACCGCUUGGCAAGGGCCAGGAUCCGUCGGGGAAAAACAGUAUUAAGAGCACUUUCCGACACCUGCAGGUUUGGCGACUACCGCAAGCUCCUAGCUUUGGCGAGUUUACAAAUGGCUUAACACUAAGCUUUGCUACCAAGGAGAAAAAGCAGAAAAUAAUGAGAUUGGGUAAAAAGAAGGAAAAAGAUCGUGAUGCUGAGAAAGAGCAGUGCGUUGAAGGAGUGGCUCGUUUGAUAUGUUCACCGAAACAAUCGCACCCAGUCCCGUUGCGAGUGUACAUCGAUGGUACGGAGUGGACGGGUGUGAAAUUUUUCCAACUAUCUUCCCAGUGGCAAACGCACAUUAAAAACUUCCCCAUAGCGUUGGUCGGUGCCCCGCUGGCUCCGGCCGAAAUGCUAACCUAGUCAGUUUCAUCCUCCGUUUUGACGGAGCUAAUACCCACUCCUACAUCACCAGCAACACCAUCACCGUCGUUUUUAGGCUCCUCACCUUCCGCCCAUCCGACCCGCGCUGGCUUCGUAGCUUUCGGACCGCUGCUACCGACGGGUUGUCAACAGUCAAUCGUCUCCAAACUGCCACCUUUACCACGAUCCGCCGGCUGUGAACCACCAGUGAAUACGUCGUUCCCGUCAUCAACAGCCGGUAGUGCGGGUCAUGGUCACACGAGCGGCAGUACCACGGGUACAUCGCGUCUUUUACGACCACGAAGCUGGGCCGCAGUCAGCCGCUCGCGCGGGGAUUAGGCGUGCUGCGUGCGUACCCAUAUAUCCAGCAGGUUGUGUAUCGCAAUUGUGGAGAUUAUGUAUUUUAUAGUAGUAGCAAAAUGUUUUGUAUUUCCUGCGAUAAGAUUUCGUUCGUGAUUUUCACUUUUGGUAUGAAGGUGCACACGUUCGUUUGCCCCAGUUGCGUCAGUAUUGCAAACGCGCAUCAGUGUAUACCAUAAAUUAUAGUCGGUACUACUUUGCUUUCCACGGUAUCUCAUUCCUGCAUGGAAAUGAGUGCAAAUGUACCAAUGGGAGAGAUAUCUAUUUGUUUUCAAUUUAUUUGAUUUUGUGAUAAGAAUUUUGCGAUUUGAGUGAGAUACAAUACAUUUCACAACAACUACUGCUACUCACACGGCGCAUAUCAUUAUGGUGUUUAGCGUUACAAUGUGUGCGGGAGCUCGCGCACUCCGCUUUACUGUGUGGCGUUUUGUUGGUUAUGCUUCAGCAGGAAGAGCGAGGGAGAUAGAGAAAAAAAACUAGUCUUUAGAAGCACAACCAGCAAAACUAAGAAUGGCUAGCGAUUAAUCGAAGCGUGAAACGUGUCGUCAAAAUUUCUCGCACAACAGAAUGCUUUUCUGACAACGCGUUUGCAUUUACCGUCAGGAAUUGUAUCAUUCUAAAAAGAAAGGAAGAAGCUUUUGAGGUUUUCGUCCUGACAGGAGCGAAUGCAGUGAUGCAAAGACGAUAGGUUUGCUGCAGGUGAGCGGAAUUAGACCCAUUUCAUCAACCAGUCCAUCUUUAAACAUCACACAAGUGUAUUGUAUUAAAGAAGGAUGAAAGGUUUUGUUUAACAUCCAAUUCCAACAUCCAAUACUAGGCACAAGUUGCUUUUAUUAGGCAAUAAAGAAACCUCACAACUGUGCAAGUAGUGGACAGGAGUCACACAUGAUUGGAAUUAUUUAUUUUUAACGAUACGUCUGUAAAAAAGAUAAGGGGUCAACUCACAUCAUCACUGCAAAAACCCCCAAUUCAUAAACAGCUCCCAGUUUAAAGGGAAUAACGUUUGGCCGAAUUUUUAGACAACCAUUUAGAGACUGCUUGACUUUGUCAUAGAGGUUUAGUACGUAGUGGCGUAAUGUAUGGAUGAGGUGUCUAUCUAAAAUUGUAAAAAUUUGUUCAGUAGCAAAAAGGGCGGAGAUGACGAUUGUAGAAAGAGGCGGUACGCGUUUGCUGUUGUUGAACGCAAAAAAGAACCGUAACGACAGGCACAAUUACAACUAAUGUAAUGCCGCUGUGUAAUAUUGCAAUAAUUAAUGAGAAUGCUGGGCGUUUUGGACGCAUUACCGGCACGUAGAUAAAACUAGCGAUUAAACACGAACCAUGUCACAUCCGCUUAGCUUCAGUUUGAGACGGGGCGAUGAAAAUGGGUUUUGUAAGAUAAUAAAUGUGGAGGAAAGUUUUGUUUUAGUUAUUAUUUGCAUCAUAUUUCUCCAUGUGCGAUGUGGAAAUAGGUGAACGGGAAAAGGGUUUCUUUAGCCCCGUAAUGCCAUCAUUAUCGCGUUAGAUAAACUCAAUGUGCUCAUAAAAUCAAACUCUUAAGAACCUAUAGAAACACAAACCCGCAUUCUAUUACGUAAAGUUACAAGUAAAACCAUCGUUGUUAUUCGUAAGCGCCGACGUACACGACACGACACUCACAGCACGGAUGGAAAGGUUGAUCGCUUGAUCCGCAUCAAGGCCAAUUUCCUGAAUGUUGCAAGAUAAAGUAAAUAAUAAUAUCAGAAUUAAAUGAAAUACAGUUUAACCGUGAAACCGUGAACGUCUAUUUAUUCUGUGUAGCAGCAGUAGUAGCAGCAGCUCGUAAGUGCUCGUGUGCAAACUUCAUUGUGCAUUCAGUAAAUGUCGUAGUUUAGAAAACAAAAGCAACAGUAAUUGAGAACAGUCAUUUUACGCAGUGAAAAGGUGCAAGAAGUUGUAAAAUAUUUUAUACGAUAUUACGUGAAAUUGCAGAAGUAGUAGAGAGAGAGAGAGAGCGUGGGAAAAAAGCAGAGAAAGGUAGAAAGAUUGGACAGAGGAGUAAGUAUUGUUGUACGUAUAAAAAAGUAAGACAAAAGCGCAACGACAUAAGAAAACAUACGAAACCAAGACGUACAUACAACGGACGGUGCAGGAUAUUUGUCGUAAUGAUAAUAAUCGAAGCAUUUAGAGCAAACACGAAAGAAUUGAAAUUGAUGCUCGUGAUAUUGACGUUACCCGCGAAAAUUCUUGCGGCGAGGUAAAAUGUUUCUAACUCCCGGGACAAGGCGAAGCUGCACUAACGAUGGAAAAGUAGGGUAAUGGUAGAAAAGUGCUAGCACCCUUCCCGAGGCUUCUUACUACCAACAUUGCGCAUAAACACAACCCACUCUCCCCCCACAAAACUGCACUGACACAUAUCCCUUGAAUGAAAGGACAUACACGCCACGCGCACGCUGCCCAACGCAGUGUGAAGCGGUGGUGCGCAUAGAUAAACCCAAGACAAACGAACGAAGCGUUUGUCCGUUACUUAUGGCUGUGGAAAAAACUAAUGCGGGAGUUUACUAAGGGAGAGAUAAUGCGUGUGAAAGAAAAAGAAAACACAAUCCAAACCACAAACAAUGUACUACAUCAAAUCAUUAAAUUGCCAUUUCAUAGCAAAGGAAACAUAAACAGGCUCUAGACAGUGUAAUUUAGCUAAACAGCGGCAUAUGGGCUGUAAGCAGUGUAGGCGAAGGUUGCAACACAAAUACUGCUGCUUUCUUAUUAGCUCUCAUCUUUCUAUCAUGUGUAGAUCAUGCAGUAGAUUAUGCCAACGUUAGUGCAAGGUACGAUGCAUGUAAUACGCAUCCUUUUCGGGGUUUUAUUUUUAUGGCAAACGCACAUACGCGCACGCAUCCCUCCACGUAGAGAUUUAGGUUUUUGCUGUUCCAACCUGACCUGUCCAGUGAGUUUUCUACGCCCCUCACUAGGUAGUGUGCUAUGGCAAUUGUUCGUGACUGUCAUCAACACUUUGUUGUGCAGCUUUUCUGGCUGUUCGGUGUGAUAACACACUAAUGCUACACGGUUGUCUCCUAUACAUAUACCUAUCAUCUUUUUUGAUCGGGUGCGGCUUAGAAUGAUCGUUAUUUGAUGUGUAAAGUCGUAUUAGACGCUUACUACCGACUUAGGUUUACUAUUCUGUAGGCUUUGCUCCGUUGAAAUGUGUAACUGGUUAACGUCAUGCUUACUCCAUUGCCAGAAUUUCGUCCCUCGUAGCAGUGUGUAUUUACGUGGCCGAUAGCAUUAAUGUUAAAGGCUUCGAGAGCAGGCGCCAUGUUGUGGAGCAAUACGUAGCACAAUUCAUUCAAUUCGAUUCGGAUUUUUUGCACAUUCACACUAGAACUACCCCCUUAACAAUAGGUUGGAUAGUUUGUAAACAGUUUCGAAAACACUAGACUAUGUUUUAUUGUUUUACUGGAGCUCGUACAAUAAAAGUCCUGCAUAAUAAAGCAGUGUUUAAACACACAAAUAUUAAUGUGAUUACGUGGAAGUCCGGUAGUUCUAGUGUUAAUUAGUCUUUUUCUUGUCCUUCCUUUGUGAAUUAGACGAAACCGACAAAAAAGCUUUUGAUUUUAUAGUUUUCCUUUUAUUUUCAUCCGUGCAGUAUGUUUUAUAUAAUAAAAACAACACAAAAUACCAUUUUCUAAUCAGAUACACUCCUCGUAUAAGUCGUAAAGGAUGUGUGCGCUUUGUUACUUCCCUGGUAAAUAUACUCUACACACAGUUUCUGCCUCCUUUCUCGUUCUCUCCUCGGUGGGACAGAUGUCCACCGUGUUGCUCGCGAGUGUUAUUAGUUUAUCCCUGAAUGCAUCACACAGCACACACGAACACACUUAUCUAUAUAUUGGCAUGGCAUUGAAUCAAUAUGUAAACCCCAUCAUACUCGAAUGGCAAGCAUCAUAUACACGUAAUAAAGCAACCGACAAGCAUACAUAUUAAUCAUACAUACCCAUUAUUAUGCCGCAAACAUUACUCAAAUCAUAACCGCCCUCCACCCCCGCCACCCUCCUCAUUACCGUGAAUGGAAACAGGAGAAAAAAAAACAAUAAGCGCAAUAAA